UAUAAAUACAUGCAUGCAUAAGAAAAAUAUAGAAUCACACCAAAGAAAAACUCUCCGGCCAACGAAACAAAAUGGCAGUCGGAGAAGCAAACGGCGUGGGGGAGCAGCUGAACAAGAAGAGCAACGGCGCCGCCGCCGAUCCUAAUCUGUCACCGCCGGACGUUUCUGUCGUGAGUCAUGAACAAACCAGGAAAUGGAACCUGUGGGACAAAACGGCGGUGGUGAGCAUCGUGGCGGCGCAUCUGCUGGCCUUGUACGCGCCGUUUUGCUUCAGCUGGGGUGCGUUUUGGGUCGCGUUUUGUCUCUACACGAUCACGGGGCUGUUUGGGAUCAACCUUUCAUAUCACCGGCAUUUGUCCCAUAAGAGCUUCAGGAUUCCCAAGUGGCUCGAGUACUUGUUUGCUUACUGCGGCGCACAUGCCCUUCAGGGGGAUCCAUUGUAUUGGGUGAGCACACACAGGUUCCAUCACCAAUACACUGACACAGAACGAGAUCCACACAGCCCAAUUCAAGGGUUUUGGUACAGUCACAUCAGCUGGAUCUUCGAUUCAGCCGCCAUUAAAGAGAAGUGUGGAGAGCCAAACAACGUGGGAGACCUAGAGAACCAGACUUUCUACAGGUGGUUGUACAACACGUACAUGUUCCAUCCUUUAGGUCUUGGUUUCCUCCUCUACUGGCUUGGUGGAUUUCCUUAUAUUGUUUGGGGAAUGGGCGUGAGGCUAAUUGGGGUUUAUCACGCUACAUGGCUAAUUAACUCGGCUGCUCAUACAUGGGGAGCCCGACCUUGGAACACGGGUGACUUGUCCAGAAAUAACUGGUGGGUUGCACUACUUGGAUUUGGAGAAGGGUGGCACAACAAUCACCACGCCUUCAAGUACUCAGCAAGGCACGGCCUGGAAUGGUGGCAGAUCGACAUGACUUGGUACGCAGUGAGGCUCCUCGAAGCUGUGGGAUUGGCCGUUGACGUGAAGCGGCCAAGCCAGCUCCAGAUGCAGAAGCUGGCCACCAAAAAAACUUGAGUUCAAUUCAUACAAUAUGUAAUGUAACCCUUAUGUGCAUGGGCACUGUGUCUUUAAGUUUACAGGGUCCUUUUCUUUCUAAGUACUGUUUCUUUCAUGAAUGAAUGGCUACUGUCUUCUCCACUUGCUUUGGUUAUAUAUAUAUAUGAAUGAAUGUAAAAGUUUGGGGCAUUGGAAUAAUAAAAAAAAAACAUUGUUUUUUUCUC